CUUCGCUUUCCCCUCACACAUCGUGGAAUGUCGAGCUCGUCAUGCCAGUCGCCAUACACGACGACGAGCCUAAAGAGGAUUUCCCAGAGCUAUCGUCGAGGGAUCAGGCGGCGUACCCCACCCCAGACCAUUUCAGAGUUAAAAACAUCCCUCCUGCGGCUUACUAUGUUCCCGACUUUAUCACUCGCGAUGAGGAAGGAUUUUUACUAAAACGGCUGGGCGAAACUCCACAGCCGAAAUGGAAGAUUAUGUCUUCCGGUCGACGGCUUCACUAUUGGGGAGGUAAUGUCUCGAAAAAAGGUGUUCUACUACCCGAGCCUCUGCCUGACUUCCUCACAGCCUUCCCUGAUAUCAUCCAGCGGAUAGAGACAUUCCUCGAUCGUACGCUGGGGCGAGAUGAUGCCUCUUGCUCUGACGGCACGACCGAACACAUGCUCGGGAUCAAUCAAGUACUCGUCAAUGAGUAUGGCCCGGGAGACGGCAUAUCUCCUCACGAAGAUGGGCCAGCUUUCCGACCCUUAGUCGUCACUCUUUCACUCGGAUCACAUACCGUCCUAGAUCUCCAUCAAUAUCUCUCCUACACUUCUCCCUCUCCACCCAUGACCGCGACACCCUCCUCAGACCUUCAAGACUCGACCGAAGGUCGUCCCAUAGCUGCCGUCCCUUUCGCUCAUGUUUUACUCAUGCCCCGUUCUCUCCUCGUGCUGUCGUCCAGUCUGUAUGCUUCACACCUACAUGGUAUAUCGGCAAGAACCGAGGACUUCGUGUCUAGUUCGUCCUCACCGGUGUCGGCGUCGGCGUCAGGAGGAGUUGUGAUUGCGAAUGCCGAUUUGAUAGGCGAUCCAGAGGUGGGGGACGCUUUACGCGACGCCGGGAGUUGGCGAGGUAUACGAGGAACCCGGACGAGCUUGACCUUCCGCCAUGCAGAAAAGGUGUUAAAAGGAGGAGCGUUGGGUUUGAUCCACGGAGCGCUCCGUCGCGGCUGAUAUCGAUGCCGACAUCAUGUAGCGAAACCUGUAAACUACGUCAGCAAUGCAUCAUUGACUGUCC